AUUGUUCUUGUUUUUCCCUUCAAACCCUAAAUACUCCUAAUUUGGUCUUCUACUGUUGAUACCAAACUAAACUCUUCUGGGUUUCAAAACCUUAGAUGUUGUUUCAGUUUCCAUGGAGUUGGGCAAUUCUACCGUCAAAACCCCUGAAGCUGACACUGAAACUCCUACCCGGAUCCAGCCCGCCAAACCCUCCCCUUUCACCAACGGUGUCUUGAAGCGUCACGCUCCCCUCCACCUCCACCAUCCCGUCGUCGUCACCUACAAAGAAUGCUUGAAAAACCACGCCGCCGCCCUCGGCGGCCACGCCCUCGACGGUUGUGGGGAAUUCAUGCCCUCGCCUGCCUCUAAUCCCGCCGAGCCCACCUCCCUCAAAUGCGCUGCCUGGCCACCGCAAGCUCCGGCUCUAGAGUACCAGCCCCACCACCGCCACCACCCUCCCCCACCUCCUCCGCGGGGCAACAGCGGCAGUAGUCCCAAUAAUUCGCCGUCGCCUCCUCCGAUCUCUUCCUCGUACUACCCCUCGGCGCCGCACAUGUUGCUGGCCCUCAGCCACGGUUUGUCCGGCCCACCUCCCGAUAACAACACUCCAAUUCCCACCACCAUUAACGCUGCUUCCGCAACUCUUUUAAACUCCGGCAGCCGGAAGCGCUUCCGCACCAAGUUCACCCAGGAUCAGAAGGAAAAAAUGCAUGAAUUUGCUGAAAAGGUGGGGUGGAAAAUGCAGAAGAGAGACGAAGAUGUGAUAAGUGAAUUCUGCAGGGAAAUCGGCGUGGACAAAGGGGUGUUCAAAGUCUGGAUGCAUAACAACAAGAACACUUUUGCUAAAAAGGAUCAACCAGCUCCCCACUUAUCUAACAACAGUACUACAAUUGCUAUCUCCACUCCGCCGGCAGCCACCACUAACGGUAAUGGCAUAAAUUACAGUGCUAUGAGCUCCGCCGCGGCAGCCUACCAGCACCAGCGCGAGGGAAAUAGUGAAAUCAAACUCCAGAAUAUUCAUGGGCAAGAAAUGAACGAAAAUCAACUCCAUGAUAGUAGUAGUGGUCAUCAUGUUCUUGGUGCUAAUGGCGGCUCUUCUUCUUCUUCUUGAUCAUCUUUUGAUGGGGUUGAGGAUGGAUUAAAAUUGAGUAUUUAGAUAGCGAGAAAAAUGGAUGAAAGGCACGGGAAGGAGGAGCAAAAGCUGCAAUAGUUAGUUUCUUAAUUUUGCCUAUUUAGAUUUUCCCUUUUUCUUAAUCUUGUUUUAAUUAGUUAUUAAUAUGAUGAUGAUCGAUGACUUAGCCAUGAUCAAGCUUUCCGAGGAUGGAUGGAUGGAAAUGGAGGAAUUAAGGAUUGGACUGGAAAUUCUAUUUGUUUAAUUUUCACUUAUCUAAUCAUAUCAAUGUCUGCAGUUUUGUUGACCA